UGUUCUCGAAGUAAUCCAUUUUAAAGACCAUCGAUUUUGUUAUCGAUAUAUUCGUCCUUUACUUUCUGGUCUCGUGAUUGAAGCAUGGAUUAAAUUAUCGAUCCCAAGUUUUGUUUUGAAAAGCAAGAAUUUGAAGAAUGAGAGCUGUUAUACAACGAGUUAAAUCUGCAUCAGUUACUGUGGAUGGAAAUUUGAUCUCGAAAAUUGGUCCAGGAUUAUGUGUCCUCAUAGGAAUAUCUCGUGACGACAAAGAAACCGAUUCGGAUUGGAUUGUGAAUAAGAUUCUGAAACUUUGUCUAUUCGACAAUAUUGAAUCCGGACGCCGAUGGUCUUCCAAUGUUGUUGACCGUCAGCUCGAAAUACUUUGUGUAUCACAAUUUACUUUAUAUGCAACGAUGAAAGGAAACAAGCUGGAUUUUCAUCAAUCAAUGGAAUCAUCCACAUCACGCAUCGUAUAUGAAUGUUUAUUAGAUAAAAUGCGCCGUUCUUAUGAUGCAUCAAAAAUUCACGAUGGUUUAUUUGGUGCUUUGAUGGCGGUUGAUAUUGUCAACGAUGGGCCAGUGACGAUCAAUAUUGAAUCACCUCAGAGGCCUGCUGAGAAGCAAAAAGUUAUCAUGGAAAUUAAAGAUGAAAACGAAUGAUGUUUAUUAUGUUUUAUAUAGUCAUAUAUC